UUGCUUCGAGGCGUUCGUGUGUUUUGAACCGUGUUUUGUGCAAUGGCGAUGUGCUGGGAGCCUCAAAUACUGCUGCAGGAGGCGAGGAGUGAUGGGAUGUCUUAGGGGAGAGGAGGAGGAACACGAGUACUGCUAGACGCCAUUGUUGUCAUCUAAGGAGCAAGUUCUUCUCAAGGCUGAUGCGAAGGACAAGUCAUCAAUCCUGUUGGUGAUGUGCCUGGCCCUGGCGGUGACGGGCCGGAGCCACGGCAGCUACCAUGAGGAGCAGCCCUCGCCGCGCCCCCAGCCCCCCGCCCUGCUGCCCUCCUCCCCGCCCUUGCCCGUGCUCGCGUCCCUGCCGCAGCCCCACUCAUUCGUGCAGGCCCGGCGCCUGUGCGGCCCCACCACCGUCUGGCUUGAGGUGACUAACACGCGCAUGGUGCCCUCGGUGACCUUCCACACGGUGACCUCGGCAGUGCACACCACCGUCACCGCCUUCCUGAGCAGCACCGUCCUUAGGCCCUCCACCGCCACCCUCACUGUCACCUCCACGCUCCCGCUGGAGUAUGCCGUCGACCUGAGCACCAAGUUCGCGACCUCGACCAAGUACGUGACCGUCGUGGAGGUGCUCGGCGUGACCCAGUUCGACACCUCCACGACCUCGCUUUUCGUGACGGAGGUGCUGGUGGACUCGGCCUUCGUCACCCACACACGCACGCACGCCGAGUACUCCUCCCUCACCGAGACCGUCACGGAGAACAUCACUGUCACCUCCACGUCUUGGUUAACCGUACAGGAGCUCGUCAGUGUCACUCAGACCAACACCUCCAACGAGUAUGUGACGGAGACCAAGACGAGCCGCUAUGAGGUGACGCACACACUGACGGAGACGAGCUACGAUCAGGCGUGGGUCGUGGUCUCCGUCACCAGCACCCGCCACGCCCUCUCCUGCUACUGGGGCUGAGGGUGAUUGAGGUUGACUGCUGCACCGCCUUCGUCUGCCCUGGAGUGUGGAUAGGGUGUUGCUCCUCCUCUUUUUAUCUUGUUUCCUCUAUUCUUCGUCACCGGCACUCAUCCUCCCCUCCAUCUCCUCCUCUUCCUCUUUCUCCUCCUCUUCUUUUUUUAUGCUUUUUGUUUUUCAUCUUCAUAUCUACUCUUUCUCCUAACUUACUUUUCCUUCUCUACCUUAUCCUCUUCCUCCUCUUCCCCCUUCCUCCACCUCCUCCUCCUCUUCCUCCUCUCCUUGGGCACUUAACCCCUUGGAUGCGAAUUUCCUACAAGAAGACAUUACCAAGUUACAGGAAUGGAACAAAAAGUGGCUGCUCCAAUUUAGUGAAGAAAAAUGUGAGGUCAUGCAUCUUGGGAGGGGAAAUCCAGCAUACCAAUACCACAUGGGAAACACUCCACUACCCACCGCAGAGGCACAGAAAGACCUGGGAGCAUAUGUUACCAGGUUAUCAGUGAAGGCGAAAUCCGUGCCAAUCGCAGCGGACGGGUUAAUAGGGAGAAAAAAAAACCUCUCUGCCCCUGUGUCUGAUUGGUGAGGUUUUGCGUCACGUCCGCCCUUGCCUGCAGCCUGACUCUUCCUACCCUCGGCCUUGUCGGUGAUAGGAUGAAUAACUUACGUAACGCCUCGCCCCUUGCGUAACUUGUCUUAUUCAAUAUUCACGUAUAUUGUGUUGUUUCAUAAUGUUUUUUGUCCUCCCACACAUUUCUGUCUGUUGUUUCUGUCCGUCUUUCAGUCACUGUUUUCAACCUGUUUGUCACUCUGUAUCUAUCUAUCUAUCUAUCAGUCUGUCUAUCUAUCUAUCUGUCAAUCUAUCUAUCUAUCUGUAUAUCCUGUAUGUUCCUCUUCUACGUUUUUGACCUUGAGUUGUCUCCCUUGCUGUAUCUAUCUAUCUUAUUAUCUAUUUUUCUAUCUAUCUAUAUUGGUAUCUCUGUAGAUUGGUGUCACUUGCCCUGUAAAC